AUGCUGCUUUCGGCCGAGAAUUUCCCGUCCGACGUACAGCUUGAGCUCUUCGCGACAGCAUGCAAUAUCGCAUUUGUUGUGAAGAUUGUGGUGGUGGCGUUUACGUUGACUGUCAUGAUGAAAUGUAAGUGGUUGUGGGAAAUUUUUAUUGCUAAAAUUGGGCAUUCAAAGCUGUAAAAACUUUCAUCGUAUAGCAUGUCACUUCUCAUAUUGAAAACGAAAAAAAAUUGUCCAUCGCAUAACAUGUUUCCUUUCAUUUUGAAAAUUCAAAAACUUGGGCCGGUUUCCUUUCCGGAAUUUCAUUGGAAAUGGUCGGGCGCAGCUCGGAAAACGAGCCUGGAAAAUUUUUAUUGACUCUUCGCUUUUUUUGGCUCUUCAUCGUAUAACAUGUCACCUUAGAUUUUCAAAAUUUGAAGAGAAUUUUCCAUCGUAUAAAAUGUCAUCUUUUAUCGUGAAAAAUCAAAAAAAAUUUCAUCGUAUAACGUGUCACCUUUCGUUCUAAUAAGUCAAAAAAAAUCAUCGUAUAACAUGUCACCAUUCAUUUUGAAAAUUCAAACAAAAAAAAUCAUCGUAUAACAUGUCACCUUUCAUUCUGAAGAUCCAAAAAACAGGACUCUUCGCUUAGAUUUAAUACAUAUUGAAUUUGGCACCUUUUCAGCCCAAACAAUCAACGUGAAACUCUACCACUACUAUCUGCUCUCCGCAAUCACAUGGUAAGCUAUACGACCUCUUUGAGCCCUCUCUCUCCAUAGGUCAACCAUCUCCGACUCGCUCUGGAGUGCAGUUGGAGUUAUUGAGAUCCUCCCUCUGCCAUGUCUCACCUUCUACGCGUUUGGCGCCGCAAUCACACAAAACGAAAAGGCGUUUUUCGGUAUCGUCGCAUUCUUCACCACCGGCCGGAUGGUGAUUGUUGGAUUCGAGUUAUUUUAUCGCAUCUCCCAAUCGCUGCAUCCACAAUCGAGGCUGUACAAGCCGAUGAAGCUGAUGACAACCGACCAUCCUGUCAUAGGCUUCUGCGGUUCGUUGGCGGUGAUCUAUGCGAUGAUAUGGGUAAGGCUGAAGUUUGAGUUCGGAUUGUUGUGGGAUGGGGCUCAAAUUAUGGUUGCAAAAAGGCUAUUCAGACAGCGUGAAGGUUCCUUUUUAUUUACAAGUCAAGUACCCCAAAUGCAAUGCUCAGACUUUUUGUAAGCUUCGCGUAUACGUUGGCUAUACUACCUUAUAUUAAAUCUCGAACGUUGUAGCUUGCUCUUUACAGCGUAGCCGAGAUAUUCCGCGAUCUUUGGAGAGAACGCGAAAUGCGGAGGUAUAUAGUAAUUUUCAACUAUGGAAGCACUUCUGUCCUAAAAAGGUCAAAACAUUACGAAUUUACAACACAAAUUAAGGCAAACAAUUAAAAAGUAUAAAAAAAUAGAUUGCGGACCCUUUGGUACCCAGCUGCUUGAAGCAAUUGAUUGAUUCAAGCGCUGUAAUUUCUAGCCAAUGUGAUUAAAUGACCCAUUGAUCCAGAAAAGUGCUGUCCGGUGGCGCCACGACUGUUGCGGGCAACCACAUGGGCAACCGAAACUUUCCAAUUAGAACUAUAAUACGAUUUUCCUUGUGGGGAAGAUAAUGAAAAAAAAACAGCCUAGGGUUAGCAAUGGCUAAAAUUAGACAAAGUGGACAUAUUGCAUGUCUUCGCCAAGUCUCCACAGGCUUUCGCCUGGCCUUCGCCGAGCACCCAACGGCUUUUCCAGGCCUUGUAGGCGCCUCUUAAAACCUUUUUUUGUCUCCACCUGCCCUACGCCUUGUAUCGAUCGAUUCUGUGCUGACCCGAAAAGCCGGCUCUAAGAUUUAGUAUCAGUCUGUCGGGAAAAUAAUGAGCACAAUGUCGCUGUGCCGAUCGUCUCGCUGAAGUGAAAAGCAAUUUGAUUUUGUCUCGGCACAAUUCAUUUUCUCGGCGGAGAUACGAUGCGAUAUUGGUCUCAUUAUUUUCCCGACAGAACAAUAAAAUCAUCAUUUUCUGCAGUCCACAAAAAUUAAGCAUUCCAGGUGCCCAUGCUGAUCAACUUCCCUGAGCAAGCGGCUCAACGCCAACUGUUAAUCAUGACUGAUCCUGAAAUCGAGCCUCUACUCCAACGAAUGCCUCAUAUUCUCUGCUUCGCUCCGGGAACAGAGACUGGCCCGGCAUUGCUCUCUAUUGCUAUUUUAUUGGUAUUCACCGCCUCCUUUACGAUUUACAUGCUCUUCUUUACACAUCAUCAAAUCAAAUGCAGCAAACGGCCGGAAAAGACGAAACUCUUGCAUCUCAUGCUGCUCAAGUCAUUUGCGGCGCAAGUCCUUGUGUUAAUUACUGUUCUGUGCUUGCCGUUGCAGAUCAUGUUCGUAUUGCCGUAUUUCCUGCCCACUCCGCUUCCCAAAGUGGGCAUGGUUUGCAUACAAAUCGUGUUCGUUGACGCGAACAUCGAAUGCUUUAUGCUUCUGUGGUUUGUCCGACCGUACCGCACGACCUUGCAAAGAAUGCUGAGAAUUCUCAAGUCUGGAAAGUCGCUGACGACUGUGUCCACAUAUUCGCAUAGUCUAACUGCUUAAGAGUGGCUGGGCAUUGCUGAAACAGGUGUAAUGGAACACGUGCUCUUAAUAUUAUGCUUUUCAUGUUUUAAAAUCCCAAUUCUGAUAUCACCGAGGGAACUGCCAUCACGUCAAGCUGUUUGCUAUUUUCUGACCUUGUACGACUAUUCGCGGAGAUGUUACAAACUUUCAAUCUACAUAACCUCAGGCGCACGGACAUACAAUUUAUUGAACUCCUCGGUUUUUUCAGUCCACCAUCUUAUUUCUUUUUUUCGGUGAGAUCUUGCAUUAGUAGUUUUUACAAUGUCAUCAAAUUUAGGGCUUCAUAUGGGCACUGGUUCCCGGUCAAAACUGCAACAAUGAGAAAUUGUUCUGGCAGUGGAUACCUAUUAUAAUUGGAUAUGAUUUUUGGCCCCAAGCUCCCUAAAAUUGUCUCCAUUGCCUACUGCACCAACACGACAUUCAGCUUGUCGUGACAGUUGUUUCCGACCGGCUUCGCCGCCAUGAUCUUCAUUAUUGGCCGGUAAAUGAAGCGGAGCAGACGUUUGGAGGAGACGAUUCAAAUGCACGUAAUGCUGCUCCGUUAAUUGGCUAGGCAACAGUAUUAUGGGAAACGGUGUCAAGAAAUCUUGGGAUUCUUGCCGAUUGGAGAAGUAGUCAGUUGUACUCUGUGUAAAACCUUGCCAAUACGUAUGCUUUUUGACGGAAUAAAUAAAUGUGAUUUAAUAAAUAAAUCAUCUGUAACACACUGCCGGACAGGUGCACUAACCAUACAUCUCCAGGUUUUAGUAGCAUUGCCUUUUUAGGCCAUGUUACUUUAUCCGGACGAACUGCCGCCGCCGGAAAUUGAAGCUCUAUACCGACUGGCUUGCAGGCUCGUCUUUGUUUUUACUUCAGCCGUUGUGGCGGUCACGUUGGUCGUAAUGACUCAAGGUUAGCUCUGUUUGCUCCAAAAAACCUUUAUUUUUAGCUUCCGUGAGAUCAAUCAAAACAUAUCAUUACUACAUGCUCACAGAGGUUAUAUGGUAAGUAAACUGGUAAGACAGACUGUUGUGGGUGCAAAUUUUUGAUAAUGGUUGGUCUCCAAAGUGGACACCUGGGCGAAGAAAGCACCUUGGCGAUGAGGGCAUCUAACCUUUUUGAAGAGACUGCUUUGAGGAAGAAAUGGUAUGGUGAGGCGGGAAUCAAGGCGGAUUGUGAUCAAGCUUGAACAUUUCGCCUUGGCCCCCUUUUACCGUAUCAUUUUUUGGCAAUUGGGUAAGCCAAAAAGUCAUCAAAAAUGGUAUGGUUGCUCGCCGCAACCUUACCAUACAAUAUUUUUCCUUGUGGUACCCUCUUUGAGUUGCCCCCUUUGCCCACGCGCCCUUUUUGUUAGGUCUCUUCCGGACCAAAUCUUGCAAAUCAAUCCAUAAAUGGGACACUGUUUGCAGCUCAUACAUUUGCGAUUUGAUCUUAACUGCUGCCGCGCUGAUCACACUCCAGCCGCUGCCCUGUGUUUCGUUUAUAGGGGUUUUGGGUCCCUACGCCGAUGUGUACCCUAAAUCAGUUGCUUCAUUGGCGAUGUUCAUAGUCAGUAUGCGAUGUGUGGCGGUUUGGCUUCAAGGCGUUUACCGUAUCGGCCAGUCGGUUCCGCCCUACACCAUCUUCUAUCAGAUUACGCACAACCUGUUGCAUGACUACGCUGUGUUAAAUUUCCUGCUCCUGACCAUGGUUGGAUAUGCUGGGGUCUGGGUGAGGCAUUGUACCUGGGGGAGCCAAGUCUUCCUCCCUGGGUGGUCAACUGUUCCCCUCAGUUUUUUUAUCAAUGGUAAUAUGAUGGACUGCUUGUGUGAUUCCAUAUAUCGACGUUACAAUAACUCGAAAAGUAGAAGGCAAAGCGUCCUGUUGACACACGAAGAAUCGUCAAGCAAGCAGUUUAUUUACAUAUAUAAGUCCUGCCAAAAAAUUGAGAGGAAGAGUUGACCAUCCCAGUGAGAAAGACUUGGCUAAUUUGGAAUAAGAAAAAUCCAUAGCCUCAUCUCAAACCCUUGCUUGUAGGGACCAAUGUGGCUGUCAUUCCCCGACCAACAGCGUCAACGGAGCAUCCUGCUCAGCAUCGAUCCUUCGUUUAGCGCCAUCCUUCAACGCUUCCCGCAUACAGUGUGCUUCGCGUACGGCCCCGCCACCGGCAACUCAUUGUGGUUUGUGACGCUUUUUGUCAUCGCCGUACCGGCCAGCGGAAUCUCCAUCCUCGUGUGGGUGUCCUGGCUAACGAAGCGCAGUAGCCAGCCGGAAAAGACGAUAAAGCUGCACACAAUGCUGCUACGCUCACUGCUUGUCCAAAUAACGGUGUUGCUCGUAUUUCUAUGCCUUCCCGCAUACGCUCUACUCUUCUUUCCGGCCAUUGGGAUGAGAGCAGCUCCGAAAUUGUCAAUGUGUUGUGCGGCGGUUUGUUUUUUGGAGACAAAUAUUGAAUGUGUGAUGACUCUGUAUUUUGUGAAGCCGUACAGAGUGUGCUGCGCCAGGCUGUUUAGAGAUCUACUCUGCCGAAAGAAUCAAUUCUUCUUAACGGUGCGAUCACGCAGUUCCACUGAGCAGUGA